GUCGAAUUGGGUCUCCUCUGCAUUCCGUCUUCGUCCUCUUUCUCUCUGCAUCCCAUUGAGUCGAGAGGAUCUCGAAAAAUGGCCGCCGUCGUCUCCCGAAGAUCGAUCACUAGGCUCCUAAAACCCUGCUUUCUUUCUUCUUCUUCUUCCCAGGCCCAAAUCUGCGCUCCCCUCUUCUCCCAGACCUCCGCGAACCCUAAUUGCGAUGGAACUUCCUCACUGACCCAAGAGCUCCAUCGCCGCCCCACACUCUUCAGCUCGGCGGAGCUGCCGGCCCCCAAUUGCUUGUUGGAUCGGAGGUCGAGAUUCUUCAGCGGCUGGUCCACUACAGGCCAUGAUCCUUGGCUGAACCGCGGCCUCUCGAGGCCGAUUUCCGGUCUCAUUUCCUUAUUGGACCAGAAAUCGGCAUUCUCGUCUGCCUUCGGUCCGACCUCCGAUCCCGAUAAGUACCCGAGCAAGAAUCCUAAUUUUAAGCACCAGGAGAUCGAGGGCCCGACCGUGGAGCGGGACCUAUCGGCGCUCGCCAACGAGACCCGGGACGUCCUCGAGGGCAUGAUGAAGACGAUAUACUCCUUGAGCAAGGCGAUGGCCGCGCUGGGCCUGGUCCAGCUCGGGCUCGGGGCUUGGAUCUCUUACAUCACCCGAGGUUCACCGAUCAACGAGUUCACCGUUAUGAGCUGCGUCGCGUUCGGCUUCCCGUUCUCGCUGGCGUUCAUGCUCAGGCAGUGCCUGAAGCCGAUGUACUUCUUCAAGAAGAUGGAGGAGCAGGGCAGGCUGCAGAUCCUGACACUCACUCUUCAGGUCGCCAAGAGUAUGAAUGUUUUCUUCGUUCGGGUUCGUGGGCUGUCGUACGCCUGCAUUGUCGGGUUAUCUGCUGGGCUCUUGUUCGCAUUGCUGUCGAGAUGAUUUCUACCGCGUCGCCUAGUCCUUACUUCGGCUUUUGUUUUUCAUAAUGGACAUUUGGAUUUUGUAAUUUUUGUUCAGGUGAGCCUUACAUAGCAUUAGAGGCAUUUAUCCGAAGUUCGAGUGUCAAUGACACAGAUAAAAUCGGGAUUAAUUCGAAGCUUGAGGGCCAAGUAAUGAGAGUUAUAGAGGAAGUUUCAAUUUGGCAAAUUCGCGAUGCAUUCAGAAUGGCUAGUUUACACAACAAUUGUCUUCGAAGA